AUGAACAUUGCAAGCAGUGCAAAACUUAAACGAAAUGAAAUCUUCAUACAUAAUCAAGAUAGAUACAUAAAAAAGGUCAAGAAGGAAGUUCAAGAAAUGCGAAAACCGAAACGAAACGACACGAGGUGUUCCUUGACUUUGUUUCCUGUUCUUUUGACCAUGGGAACUGUUAAGUUGAAGCAACUUAAACAAGGAGAAUAA